AUGUGGCCGCUCUCUCUUAAACACAUACACAGAUCCCGAGAGUGCACGUAUGGAAGGUUUACAUGUGUGAAGGAGAAAGGCCAUUGCUGCCCACUGCGGGCUGCCGGCCCCACCCCGCCCUCGGCGGCCGGGGAGAGACAAGCCAAGCGAGGGCCGCGGAGUCCGUCUCAGCUAGCCCGGGAGCGAGGGGCGGGGCCGGGCGGGGCCGCGAGCGCGCAGGCGCAGUGCGGGCUUCCUCGCGCCGCCGCCACUGCCGCCGCCGCCGCCGCCCGCGCUGCACCACAGGCCCGAGACAGACAGGGCCGGGAAGAGCCGGAGACUGAGGAGGAGGCGGAGGCGGCGGCGGAGCCACUGGAAGUGCUUCCCGGAGGGGUGCGGGGUGUCUCGCCGCGCCGUCGCCCACCCCCCUCCUCAGCCAGCCACCUACCUCCGCCUUCCCGCCGCCCCCCGCCCUCGGCCCGCGACGCCCGAGCUCCGCCCGGAGCCCAGAGCUGCGGGAGAACGAGGCGGCGGCGGCGGCGGCAGCGGCAGCGGCUUCCUCGGGGGGGUUGUGAUUCGCUCACAGGAGCCAUUGACGGGAGAAGACGAGGCUUUUCUUCGUGGAAUUUACCUCAGGCAAGAUCGAGCGGCCGCAAUAAAAAAGAGAGCGAGAGGAGCGAAUCCGGGAGGGCUGGAAAGGGCAGCUCCCCGCAGCUCCUCUCCGCCCGCCGUCUCGGGGAGCUCGGAGCCUUGCCUGCUGACCCUUCCCCUCCCCCGCUUCCUACUGCCCCUCAGCCCUCCGGCCGGGCCCUGGCAAUACCUCGCAGGAUUGUUCGGCGAAGGCUUGAAGGCUCUGUGGGUUUGUCCAUGGAGGCAGGCACCUUUUUCGAUUCAGUCGAGGAACGGGGUUUGUUCUCGAAAUCCGACUGA